UUCACUUUGACUUCGAGAAUCAACAAUUGACUUUGACUUCGAGAACAAUUCUCUUUCCUCUUUGUAGAAAUGUGGGUAUGGUUUUUUUGUUCUACGGCAUUGCAUUGCAGAGUCAUUACCCGGUUUCACUCAGCUCAUCUGCUUGCAAGAUUUUUCCUUUUGCCGAGUUUCAUUGAUCUGCUAGCCUGUUGGGAAUCUUUCGGUUGGUGAUCGUCCCAUCUCUGCGAGAUCUUGGAGGUUGACUUGUCCUGCCUCCCCGGAAAUUAUGAGACCAGGUAGGAACUGAACCUAUAUCUAGAGGUUGGAGAGUUCUAUGAUAUUGGAACUGAACCUAUCCUCACCAUCGAAAAGGGCAAGUUCGGUAGUGCAUGAAUUCUGCUGGUGGUACUAAUGUCUUUUCGGGUCCAAUAUUCCUGCAUAUUCAGGCGUCUCGAUGUUUAUCUAUGGAAACUAUAAGCCUCGAUUCUCAACAUCGUAGCUGAUGUAACGAAGCCUGAUAUCAUCAAUCAAAGAGUGUAUGCUGAAGGUGGGAGAGGUCUGCCCUAUAACUAUUGGAUGGUGGUGAUGGAACAAGGAUGACUGGGAACUAUGUAGUAGUGGAUCCAUUUUUCAUUGUUGGAUUCAUCCACUUCGCUUGGAAACUUUUUACAGGCAAUCAGUUCCAAGAUCAUGGAGAUCGGAACAACUUUUUAUGAUAUUUAUAAGCCUUUGGGAUAAGAGAAGUUAGCAAGGCUUUUCCCGCAUUACAGCUCUGCUAUUGCCAAUCUUCAUUCAUCAGUCAUAGACAACUCAAGCUUCCUCAGCGUCAGUAGCUAGCAUGGGCAAGCCAAGGGACCCCAUUUGGAAUUACGUCAAAGUCAUAUUGGAUGAAGGUAAAGCAUGUCGCUGGCAGUGUAGGUGCUGCGACGAAAUUUUUUCCGGGGGAGCUUCCCGAAUAAAGGCACAUUUGGGUAAUGUUGAAGGCCAAGGAAUUAAAGUUUGUGAAAAGGCUGAUGAAGCAACGAAGAAAAUAGCUAACACAAAGAGAAGAAGGCUAGAGACUGGAACCAGUUCAGCUCAAGUGAACACACAGCCGCAGUUGCCAGAUUUGCGGAACCCUUCGCCAUUUUUUGACCAAAGCAACCACAAUGCACCACCGCCUAGGAGUCCUGACGCACCGGCGGAUCCACGCGAAAUCUCUAUUUGUCUGAGGAGUUUAGGAGAAUUCUGCGGUGAAACAGAGGUGGAAGGUCCAUCAAAUGCUCCAGGGCACAUCUAUAACCGAAGUAUUAUGCCAUGCUCAGCCUUUCAUUUGCCAGAGGAGGGAAAUCAAGAUCCAUGCAAUGAGGUUGAUGGACUCAUGCGGGGGAGUCAUAACGCAGUGGGCCUGCCUUGGCAAUUUGCACCGGGGGAUCCAGGCGAUAUCUCUAUUUGUCCGAGGAGUUUUGGAGAAUUUACUAUAAAUUUAUUGCAAGAAGCCUGCGGUGAAACAGAGGUGGAAGGUCCAUCAAAUGCUCCAGGGCACAUCAAUAACCGAGGUAUUAUGCCACGCUCGGGCUUUCACACAAGCGAAGGUGAUCCAUUGAGGAAUCCUCCAGAUGCCAUCCCAUUGGGCACGGCAACUUUGUCAGAAUCUCACGUCAGUUCUGUGAUACGUGGUCUACACGUUGAAACCGAUAGACCAGAGAACUCAAGAAUGUCAUUGCCAGCUGUUCCGUCCUUUCAUUUGCCAGAGGAGGGAAACCAAGAUCCAUGCAAUGAGGUUGAUGGACCCAGUGCUACACCAAUCGGGCAGCCUUCUACUGGGCCAGCUGGCGGAGCACGAGAUGCAGUAGGUGGAACUUUCAUAGUACGAGAGUUAGUGGGGCGGCAGUCUCGGAGAAUCGUGGAUGAGAUUUGGGUUUGCUUAACGAAUAAUAUUUCACGCAUUGGUGUCUAUGGAAUGGCCGGAGUGGGCAAAACAACGGUCCUAAAGCACCUUCAUAACAAAACGCGUGCAGCUUUUCGUGGUGUAUUUUGGGUCACCGUAUCAAAAGAUUGCACCAUCCAUGAGCUGCAAAAUAAGAUAGCAAAAGGAACAGAGGCUCAAGAUCUUUUUAGGGAUAAAGAUGAAGCGAAAAGGUCAAGUCUUUUAUUCGAACAUUUGAGAAAGAAAAAGAAUACUCUAAUUAUUCUAGACGAUGUGUGGCAGCAUUUUGAGCUCCAUGAGGUGGGAAUUCCGGAGGAUUGCAUUCGAGUUGUCUUGACAACUCGAGAUCGUGCUGUUUGUCAGAAGAUGCUGUGUCAAAAGGAAAUCAAGGUCGAGCCCCUACCUUAUAAUGACGCAUGGACUAUGUUUGUAGAUACGCUUGGUUCUAAGCCAUCUCCUAGGCAGAAACGUUUUGCGAGGUGUAUUGUAAAGGAGUGCAAAGGCUUGCCUCUUGCUAUUGUUGUUAUGGCUGGAAGCAUGAGGGGAGUGCAGUCUGAUUAUGGAUGGGCAGACACCCUGGAAAAACUAAGACAACCACAAGCUCUACAACAGGACAUGCAAACAGGUGUUUUCCCAAUCCUUCAACACAGUUAUAGCUGCUUAGAUCCAAAGAAGCAACAAUGUCUUUUACGGUGUGCUCUCUAUCCUGAGGAUGAGAAAAUCGGCAGAGAAGAAUUGAUAGAGUUUUGCAUUGAUGAGGGGGUGAUUCAUGGGGAUAACAGGCGGAAGAUGCGCAAUGAAGGCCACCGAUUAUUAGAUGAACUUGAAAAGGCAUGUCUCCUUGAACUGUGUAAUACUGGUGAUUUCCGACAGUCGGGGGGGUGGGGGGUGAGGAUGCAUGAUGUGAUUCGAGACAUGGCCAUAAGCAUCAUGAGAACAUACUGCAGGGUGAAAUCUGGGUUGCAUUUGGAUGAUGUGCCGGAUGAUGAGGAUGAAUGGUUCCCUGAUCUGCAAAAGGUCUCGCUGAUGGAAAAUGACAUAAAAGUAAUUCCAUCCUCCAUAUCACCAAAUUGUCAUCAGCUUUCAACUCUGCUGCUAAGUCGCUGUACGAGACUGCGUGAAAUCUCAGGAUGUUUCUUUGACCGGAUAGGGGGGUUGAAAGUUAUUAAUUUGAGCUUUACUCACAUCAGAAGAGUGCCAGAAUCUAUCACGAACCUGGAAAAGUUAAAGGCACUAAUACUCAACGGGUGCUCUAACUUAUCUCUUCUUCCUUCCCUGGAGAAGUUGACAUCGUUAAGGAAGUUGGACCUCCAAGGGUGUACUAAGAUUAAAGAAGUGCCAGAUGGUUUGCGGAUGUUGGUUAAUGUUACAUAUCUUGACCUUUCACGGACAGGAAUUGAGAGGAUUCCAUAUGGAGUAAUCAGUAAGUUACAGAAGCUACAACAUCUUAUAGCGGAUAAUAUAGAAGUGAAGGGAGAAGAAGUUGGAAAAUUAAAGAAGUUGGAGUUAAUCCAAUGUUGUUUUCAAAAUGUGAAAGAGCUGAACAAGUACACACAGGCACAUAACAAGACAAUGAGAAACUCCCGCUCGUAUAGUAUCUUCAUAGGAGGUCCAGCUCGAUGUCUCAAUUAUUGGGGAGAUCGGUUUGUGAAUUUACGUGAUAGAUGUAGAGAUGGUGAGAAUAUUAGAUCGUAUCAUCUCCCAAGAGACGUGAAGGAAUUGUCGAUUGAGUUUAACAGUUGGAUGUGGAAUAAUAUUUUGGCCAGUUUAACACGUCUUGAAGAACUAGAGAGGCUGCGGAUAGAAGGGGGACAGCCAGAGCUAAUAGAGGGACAGCCACCACUGAAGCAUCUGUUAGGGGUGUCGCACAUCAUGAGAGUAAGAUUUCUCGAGGUUUGUAGUUGCGACGGAGGGGAGAGUAUAAUAGGAGCAGAAGCAGCAGCCGGAGAAUCACCUCACGCUUUCUCCCAACUCGAAUCAAUUGAAAUCAGUGACUGUGGAAAGGCGAAGAAUGUGGUGGGGCAUCAAUUACUUCCUCGUCUCCAAAAUCUACGGUGUAUUCGAAUUGGGUGGGUCGCCAAUAUGGAGGAGAUAAUAGUAAUGCCAUCCCCUCAACCAUUUCCCGCGGCCACGUCUGCCCUCCUCCUUCCUUCUCUUACAGAAAUUAGGGUUUACGGAUGUCAUAAGAUGAAGAGGGCACUAACUCUUGAGUUAUUCAUGCUCCUCCCCAACCUCAGCUGCAUCAGUGUUCAUGAUUGUGAUCAGAUGGAGGAGAUAAUAGCAAUGCCAGCACAACUUCCAGCCACCUGCACCCUGCAGUUUCAUCUUCUUACGUAUAUAAAUGUCGACCGCUGUCAUAAGAUGAAGAGGGUGCUAACUUUUGAGUUAUUCACACUCCUUCCCAACCUCAACUAUAUCAGUGUUGAUGAUUGUGAACAGAUGAAGGAAGUGAUAGGCCACGGAUUAGAGCACGGAGGAGGAGCCAUGGUCGGAUACAGCACCACUAGCAGCUUGUUAUUGUCCCCCUAUGCACCAUCUGCUGACCAAUCAAGGGCAAGGCAGCUGACCUUAAUAUUGCGUGACCUCGGGGAACUUGAGAGCAUAUGCAGUGGGACUGGACUUCGGGAUCUCAUACAUGUCAUUGAUAUAUGCAAAUGUCCGAAGCUGAAGAGGAUUGAAAUGCUAGAUGGAAUAUUCGCUUCUCCUCCCCAUUCUCUUAAGGAGAUAAUACUAUCUGGAGAUGGAAUUGGAGAAUGGUGGGAAUCUCUGGAGUGGAACUACCCUGAGGCCAAGACUGCCCUCCGACGUUACGUCUUCAUCAAAUCCAAUGCGGGGUUCCACAAAACCCCUAUCCAGGAAUGGCGUCGCAGUAGGCAGUUUUAAUGGAUCCUAACAGAAUAAUAAUGAUACACAUCAAGGGAGGUGGAUUCAUUCAAGUCGAACGAGUAGCAUUGCAUCAUCAUCAGAUUGCCUAUUUAGGUUUUGCUCGCAAGUCAUCACACCCAUGUUCUUAGAAUCAUGAUUCGAAUCGUAGAAUCUUGUUAUGCGAUUCCGAUACUAUGGGCUGAAUUGGAUACUGUUGAAUCGCACUUGAAUUGGGCCGUGAAUCGCGGAAUCAAGAAAUCAAGCCGAUUCUGCGAUUCCGGAAUCGGCCCAUACUCGGGCGAAGGCCAGGCCUGAUUCGGACCCUCGGGCCAAAGCCCAGCCCAUUGGCACUAAAAUGGGCUCGACAGAAUCUCUCCCCCCCCCCCCCCCCCCCCCCCCCCCCUUCCCUUUCCCUUUUCCCUUUCUUCUCCGGCGCUCCCUUUCUCCCCGAUCUCCUCGACAUUGUGCCCUAAUCCACUGGACCUCCUCUUCGUGUUCUUCACAAAUCCGACUUCCGCGAUUCCAAGUUCCCACUUCCACGAAUUCUUCCGCCGUUUCGAGUUCCGACUUCCGCGAUUUCUUUCGCAGUUUCGACUUCCGAGCUUCGAUUCGUCCGAGUUGAUCUGCCCGAGCUUCGACCUCCCAAGCAACUGCGAAGGAUAGCUCAUCAGCGAGAGUGUCCACAGUCAUCGGCGAGCGCUGCGAGCCGCGAGUCUCUUUGAUCUGUAUCAAAGACAAUUUGGACAUUGAUUUUGACCUGAAUUGCUAUGAAGAAAGUGGAGGGAGCCAAAUUGGCAAUGACGAUGCAGAGAAUAUGCACACCCAAUAACAUGCCACGGUUGAUGACUUGACUUGCUGCUGCUGGGAGACUUCUGGAUGGCGGAUAGAUUGACUUCUCGAUGGCGGAUAGAUUGAAAGACGGGGAAGCUAGGGACAGGGUACUGCUGCGUGUGUGAUGGUGCUGAGAAGAAUUGGCACACCUCUUCAUCUAAUCUGACUUUGUAAUGUCGGAGAUACUGCCUGGAAGAAUUGGAGAAUUUGCUGGUUGAAAAAUUGAGAUAAUUUGUGCUUUUUUUUUCUUUUUUUUUUUGCUGGAUGGAAUACUUUGUGCUUUUAUCUGUCCUUCGAGCGGGUAAUAUUGCAAAGAUAAACCUUUUUAUUAUUCUCAAUUUUAUAAAUACUUAAUUAAUUUAAAUAACAGGUAAUAUUUAAAUAAUUGUAAUGUUUAAAUAGUUAUAAUGUC